AUGUAAUAAACAUAAAGAGGUCGUAAAUUGAAAAAGAGUUAGAGUUCUAAGAAAAUUAGGGCUUAAACAGAGGAUAUUAAAAAGAAAUCAUUAAAUAAAAAAACAGUUUGUGUGAGAUAAUUUUAUGUAGGUCCUGGUAAUAAUGGAAAAUUGAUUGCGAAUUAUUUAUCAUAGCUUUAGUAUUAUUUAUAAUAUAAAUAUUUAGAGGUUGGAAAUAAUUAGAUUAAGAUAUAAGUAAGACAAAUAAUGAUUUCUAUUUAAAAUGGGUGUAAACCAAUUCUGAAAUUUAAUUUUAAUUAUUUAAGGAAGGAUAAUAAAUAAUCAAUCAUUUACCUAAUCAUAUGAUUUUAACAUCAAAAUAAUUAAUCAUAUAGACUAUGAAAGAAUACGAAAGAUCAAAAUAAUGUAUAGAUAUUCUAUACUUAAAUAAGAAUUGUAAUUUAAUUCAAGUCAUUUUUUCCCUGAAACAUACAGAAUAGAUUUGACAUCAGAACAAUUAAGUCUUGAAGAAGAUUAAUUUCUAAAGACAGAUAAUUCAGCUAUUUGGAUAAUUAAACCAACGUAUUUUAAUUGUGGACGAGGUAUCAAGUUAUGUUCUAAUGCUAAAAAACUAAAAUAAGAAUUUUUAAAGUAGAAUUUAUAUGAUUUAGAUUAAAAUAAAUUUCAAAUUAAAUCAAAGCUUAAAAAGGAUUUUUAUAAAAUGGAAUAUUUACUGCAAAUCUAAGAAAGUGUAUUGUUUAAAGAUAUAUUGAAAAUCCUUUACUUUUAGAAGGCAGAAAGUUUGACAUUAGAUGUUAUGUUUUGAUUGCCACAACUAGACCGUUAUUUGUAUUAUUUUAACAUGGUUAUUUACGUUUAUCAGUUGAUAAAUAUAAUGUUGAAGAUAUGGAUGAUGAAAAAAAUAGAUAUAAACAUUUAACAAAUGCAGCUAUUUAAAAGAAACAUCCAUCAUUUAAUUAAUCUAAAGAAUCAACUAUUUGGUCUAUGUAAUAAUUUGAAGUAAAUUAUAAUUAAAAAUUUAUAGUAAUAUUUAAAAGAUAAAAAGAAUGUUACAUAAGAGAAGAUAGAAACAUUAUAUUUAUAAAUGAAAAAGAUAUUUGCUCAUAUAAUUAGAUGUUCAGCUGAUAAAUUUGAAAAAAGAAUUGGAACUUUUGAAUUAAUGGGUUGUGAUAUUAUGAUUGAUACAAAUUUAAAAGUUUAUUUAAUUGAGAUGAAUACUAAUCCUGCAUUAUUUUUAGGUAAUGAAUUUAUUAUAUAUAAUAUAGAUACUACUACAUAAGCUGCAGUUAUUCCCCCAGUAAUAAAUUAAACACUUGAUUUAGUUAUUUAUUUAAAUGAAGAAAGAAAUAAACCAAUUGAAAAAAACUUAUAAAAUUAUAGUAAAUUAAAAUUAGGAAAUUGGGAAGUUAUUCAUAAUGAAGUUAUUAACUUCAAUUUAGUUACCCAAUCAAAUUGA